GGAAUAAGAGAUGUCAUGCCGCCUUCCUGGCUGUUAGUGCCAAUGGUGCUCGGCUGGUCUCGCGAUGCCCUUUCAGUAGAAGCAAACCGCAACCCAGAAGUGUGUGCGCGGAUGAGACACCUGCGGCGGCGCUCAAAUCUCCAGCACAGCCCCUAGACUCGCAACAGCCAGGAGCAGAAACGCUGGCUCACGUGCAGAGAGGAUCCCCCACCCGUCUUUUGGGGGUAUUGUUUUCUGCCAUUGCUGGUGUCCUUUAAAUGGCAGUUUUCCACCGUGAAGGGAAUUUUCGUGCACCUCGCUUUUGGGUGUAUUUUCCUGGAUUAUCGUUUGACGGAGGACUCGGCUCUUUCAUCCCCUCCUCCCCCUUUGUAGCUCUUUGCGUGCAGAUGCACUAGAGAAAGUUGAUGUGUAAAAAUCUCUUAAUGAAGAGAGGCUCCCGGAGAGCGGUUGAACAAUGGUUAUGAAACUAGGUUUUAUUUGCCCUUUUUCUGGUAAGCAUGGCGUGGAUUUGUGAAUGCGAAGGGUCUUGAGGUUUUUUUGCCUUCCAUCUUCUACGUGCCUUAGUGCAACUCGAGUAAUUUACGAACAUUUUCUAUUAAAUUAUAUAAUACUUUGGCAGCCCUUUGAUAGUUUGUGGUUCCUCUGUAACAAUCGGUACAGUAGGAAGUAAAGCUGAAACUCUGGUAUUAGAGGGAUUCUGUACUGAUGUGGAGACCAUAUGAACCUCUGAUUGGACCCCACCAUUUUCUGUUGUACGAAGGAGGGUGCUUUGACCCCGGAGAAUAACUUCUAUAGGCUGACAUGGCAACGAUGAGAUCCAACUUGGGCAUUAUGAAGAUUCUUCACUUGAAGAAGAGAGGCUGUUUUCUGCUGAAGCUUUUGUGUCUGGUUGCCUUGGUGUUAAUCUUUUGUGAAUUCUUAAUUUAUUAUGUGGUGAUAUUUCAGUGUCAUUGGCCAGAAGUUAAAAUAGAAGCUCACAGGAGCAGCAAACAGUCUUCGGCUUCUGUCUUGAAGGCCAUGUUUUUAUCUGAUACCCACCUGCUUGGCGAAAUCAAAGGGCAUUGGCUAGACAAAUUAAGAAGGGAAUGGCAAAUGGAGAGAGCCUUCCAAACUGCCUUGUCAUUACUGGUGCCAGAUAUUGUUUUCAUACUAGGAGACGUCUUUGAUGAAGGAAAGUGGAGCUUCUCCCAGGCCUGGGCAGAUGAUGUCAGGCGGUUUCAGAAAAUGUUCCGGCAUCCAGUUUGCACUGAGCUAAUGGUUGUUGUUGGCAACCAUGACAUUGGUUUUCACUAUGAAAUGACCGCUUACAAGUUAAAACGGUUUGCAAAAGUUUUCAACUUCACCUCCGGAAAGCUAAUAACCCGGAAAGGGGUAAAUUUUGUCAUGGUGAACAGUGUUGCCCUGGAAGGUGAUGGGUGCACUAUCUGCAGCAGAGCAGAAGCAAAGCUCAUGAAGCUUUCUCAUAAACUGAAUUGCUCUCAACAGCAGGAAGAGAAUCAUUCCAAGAAAAGAUGCAGUGAUGUGGAACAGCUUCCAGCUUCAGAACCAAUCCUUUUACAGCAUUACCCUCUUUACAGAAGAAAUGACGCUGAAUGUGCUGGGGAAGAUUCUGCUCUUCCAGAGGAAAAGAACAUCCCAUUUAAAGAAAAGUAUGAUGUACUUUCUAGAGAGGCUUCACAAAAGCUGUUAUGGUGGUUUCAUCCCCGUUUGAUUCUGAGUGGCCAUACCCACAGUGCAUGUGAAGUGUUGCAUAAUGGGAAGAUUCCAGAAAUCAGUGUCCCAUCGUUUAGUUGGAGGAACAGAAACAACCCUAGUUUCAUCAUGGGCAGCAUAACACCAACCAACUUCUCCCUCUACAAGUGUUUCCUUCCACUUGAGAGCAGAGUGGUUACUAUAUACUGUAUAGCAGGGGCUCUACUGGGGGUACUGAUACUAGCUCAUCUUCAACUUCUCAAUCCACCUUUUUAUUUUGCUCAGCACUUAAUCAGGAAGCAUAAAGCAGUAUGA